AUGGACCCGAGCGGGAGAGGACCUGGGCAGGGAAAUGGAAUGUGGGGCAAGGAGCAUCCAGCGCCGCAGAGGGGAAGCCGGGGGGAAGGAAAGCGCCUUCUCAGCCUCGGGCGGAGCGCCCUGAGGGGAGAGCCGGGGACUGACCUCGCCGCUCCCGGGUCGCAGGGGCCGAAGGCGGCGGACCCGGAGCGGGAGUCGAAGCCGACAUCGGAGCGGGAGGCCUCUGGCAAGGGCCCAGGCGAGCGACGAGAGGGCGUUAACACCUCGGUCAGCUCCGAUGUGCAGUUGGUCUUCAAAGGGAAGACGUACAGCCAGCUGCAGGUCAUCUUCCAGGGUAUUGAGGGCAAGAUCCGGGCCGGGGGCCCCAACCUGGACAUAGGAUACUGGGAGAGCCUCCUGCAACAGCUGCGUGCCCACAUGGCGUGUGCCAAGCUUCGCCCGCGGCACCAGGACGUACUCCGGCAGAAGCUCUACAAGCUGAAACAGGAACAGGGCGUGGAGAGUGAGCCGCUAUUCCCCAUCCUCAAGCAGGAGCCCCCAUCUCCUGACCACAGCCUGGAGCCUGAGGACCAGGCCCUGACCCCCCCAGGGCCCUCCUUGGAAGGUGGCCCCGUGGAGCCUGAGGCAGAGGAGGCCACACCGGCAGAGGGUGAAGCAGAGGGGGAGGCCGUGCUCAUGGAGGAGGACCUGAUCCAGCAGAGCCUGGAUGACUAUGACGCCGGCAAGUACAGCCCCCGGCUGCUCACGGCCCAUGAACUGCCACUGGACGCCCACGUGCUGGAGCCCGAAGAGGACCUGCAGCGCUUGCAGCUGUCUCGGCAGCAGCUCCAGAUCACGGGCGAUGCAAGUGAGAGUGCGGAGGACAUCUUCCGGCGGGCCAAAGAGGGUAUGGGCCAGGACGAAGCACAGUUCAGCAUGGAGAUGCCCCUGACGGGCAAAGCCUACCUGUGGGCUGACAAGUACCGACCUCGCAAGCCACGCUUCUUCAACCGCGUGCACACGGGCUUCGAGUGGAACAAGUACAACCAGACACAUUACGACUUUGACAACCCACCACCCAAGAUCGUGCAGGGCUACAAGUUCAGCAUCUUCUACCCCGACCUCAUCGACAAGCGCUCCACCCCCGAGUACUUCCUGGAGGCCUGCCCCGACAACAAGGACUUCGCCACCCUGCGCUUCCACGCCGGGCCGCCCUACGAGGACAUCGCCUUCAAGAUUGUCAACCGCGAGUGGGAAUACUCACAUCGCCACGGCUUUCGUUGCCAGUUCGCGAAUGGCAUCCUCCAGCUCUGGUUCCACUUCAAGCGCUACCGUGACCGGCGGUGAUGGCCCUGCGUUUCCCCGGACCACCUGAGAGGAGUGUUAGGCUGGCAGCCUUCCCUGGCUGGUUCACAGCUCACCUCCAGCUGGGCCUUCCCCUCGCAGCCUCCCUUUCCCUGUGUGAACAGCAAGUCACCGUGGAACUGCCUCAGAGGCUUGAGGGGAGGACGGGAUGGCUGGCCCAGGAUUCUGACAUGCAGGAGGGGCUGCUGGGGGGACUCUUUGAGCCCAGGGAACCCAGCAAGUGUCAACCACCCUCCCUGUCCACAUGGGCAGAGUGAUGCCCAAGUCCCAUCUUAGACAAGUCCUGCAGUGCAGGCCUUGCGGGGGAGGGGUGGGUGCAGGGAGGACAGCAUGGGGCCCAGACAUGGGGUACCGAGCUUUUGAGGAAAUCCAAGUUCAGAGCGUUGAUGGGCCCUUGGACAUAGCCGGUUGUUGCAGGGCCCACACUCCUGGCCCUUUCCCAGCGGCCUUCCUCAGUGCCCACACCAGUGGGACCCGGACCCUUGUGGUGCAUGUUCCAAAAGAGACCAUUUGAGGGACAUGCCACCCACCUCACCCCUGGUGCUGGCUGAGGGUCAGUCUCUCCCCAAGUGGGCAUGAAGGACACAUCCACCAUCAGAUCUAGGAGCCAGGGGCCACUGAGAAGUCCU